AUGUCUGAGCGUAAGGUGACAGAUGAGCAGGAGAACACGAAGCACAAGGCAACGAAGAGCACACGCGGUCGUAAGAACAAGCUGAAGAAGCGCGAGAACGUUCGGGAGGCCAUUAAGGACGGCACUCGGCCACACCAUGUGAACAUGAAGGCAUACAGCUUUAAAUCCGUUGUAGCAGCGCGGAGAGUAAUACAACGACAGGCCAAUGCGCUUCAGAAGGCUGCAAAGCUGCCGUAUGUGGCGCGCUACGGAGACUACCCGCCUCCGGACCUGGUUGCGAUUAUAGGCCCGAAAGGUGUUGGAAAGACGACACUCACCAAAGCCCUUGUCAAGGUUGUAGGUGGGUACUCCAUAUCAGACCCCACAGGGCCGAUAACAGUUGUGGCAUCCAAAACAAAAAGAAUUACCUUCUACGAUGUGCCCGCAUCUAUACCAGCGAUUCUAGACAUAUCGAAACUUGUCAACUUGGUCAUCCUUGUUGUGAAUGCAAAGAUUGGCCUCGAGGUUGAGCACUAUGAGUAUCUUAACAUACUCCAGGCCACUGGGUUUCCCCGGGUCUUCACCGUUUUCACGCACUUAGACGAAUUCCAUAAGAUCAAAGCUUUGCGGGGUGAAAAGUCUCGGCUUCGAGAACGCAUUUGGAAGGAGGUCCACCCAGGAUCCCGGGUAUUUUACAUGAAUGGGCUGGCGUACGGAAGGACAUACCAUAAGACAGAUAUAGCCCUUCUUGCACGUAUUCUGUCACGGCAAGAAUAUAAGCUAGGUCUCAAUUGGCGCGAUAAUCACGCCGGCGUUCUGAUAGAUCGUAUCGAGGAUAUAACGGACCCCGGACUUCUGAGCAAGGUUAAUCAAGAGAAGAAUAAGCUCGUCAAACACACGCUUCUUGUCUAUGGUUAUGUUCGAGGGACAUAUAUGGAUCCUGCGCAGCAUUUUUGCAUUCCAGGAGCGGGAAACGUCAUCGUCAAAUCAAUGAAGCAAUUGCCAGAUCCCUGCCAGUGUUUUGAGCAGCAGAAAAAGGAUGGAGAAGGCCGUCGCUCGCUUUCCUCUAAGACUAAGACAAUAUAUGCACCGUUCAGCAACAUGGGUGAUGUAUUCCAUGAUAAAGAUGGCCUGUGGUUGCGAGUACACGAGACAGGUGUGCGCUGGAAGGACGAGAAAGAGGAUGAUCUUCCUACUGGUUUAAAAAUGCUGCGAAACUUAGAGAACAUCGACCCUAAAGAAAGAGACAAAGCCGCGCUUGGCAUCCGUCUUGUGGAUGACUCGGAUCAAGAGCUGGAUUCACAACAACACACAGAGGACAUAGUGCAGGCUUCGGAAGCAGACACAAAGGAGGAAUCAGCGUCACAAGCUCAGGACGAGGAAUAUGAAACAGAGGAGGAGCAAUCUAGUGACGGAGAAGAAAAUGCAUUUCUUAAGGAGGCACAAUUGGUCCAGCAAAGUAGCCACGUUAAGCAGACAGAGCAUGCUGCCGAGCAUUUAAGUUUUGAGGAAAGUAGUGAUAACAUUGCAGACAUUGAUUACGAUAUAAUGAUGGCUGGCAAAAAGGAAAAGAUAGCUAACAGUGAUUCGUCUGAGAUAACUGGUAGCGACGGCGUGUCUAAUGAGAACCAGAGUGAGGGUUCCUCUAGUGACGAAUCCACGGGAGGCAAUACCGGCGUAACAACUGAAAACCCGUACGCAUCCAUCCAUCUGGCAACUCCAGUGGGGGCUAAGAUUGCAUUGGAGGACCUUGUCUAUAACAUGGAUGGGAUCUUAGCAGAAAUGAAGACGAAAGGAUUAUCGCCAGCUAUGACGCAUACAACGAGAUCUGCUGCCAUAAUGUCCAAACUGGUCCCCUUGUUUGACGACGAUGGCCCUGACAUCUACGGUAGCUCUGCGGCAACCAUAGAUAAGUUCUCACUACUGCCAAUCUAUGACCCUGGAAAGGCUGUGCAGUACGAUGGGGCAGUUACAAAGUCAGGUGGAUCGGCGCUCUAUACCGGUAUCAAUUUGGCGGGGAAGAACUUCUACAAGCUGGAGUCCCACAGAGACAUCAGCAACAUAAUACCUAAGGAUGCCGCCUACUCUCAAGCGUUUACAGAAACACUUCAGGGUUCAAUCAAAAAGCAGCUUUCAGGCCUGCGCCUGGCCGACCUUGACUGGAAGAGAACAAAGAAUAGUGUGUGUACCGGCGAUUGGGACAUGGCCAAAAUUCUAGACGCCGUUCUACACGGUGAAGUAUACAAAGGAAAAGAGCAUCAGAAGGAUGGAGCUGGUGGUGUCCAUAUUGCAGAGGAUGGUGUACUCGAGAUAGGCUACCAAACAGGUUCUGAAAAGCCUGCUGAUGCUGAUGCAACGGAAACAAACGCCUCAAAUGCUAAAUCCCAGGUCGGCCUAGAGUACACUAUUCCUCAGUCGAAGCGCGGGAAGCACGCCAACCCGUCCGCUGCUGACAAGAAACUAGCAAAUGAUACAAACGAGCUUCUCGAGGGCCUGGAGCUGAACAACGAUGGUAUGGAGAAGAAUCAGCGAGAGGCAGAUGAGGUCAAAGAGAGGAAUGCAGCGUUCACCAAGAAUUUCACUGACGAGUCUAGGUUCCCACCCGGGACGUAUCUUCGGAUUGAGCUAGAGGGAAUAGACCACGAGUUUGCCCAAAACUACUCAUCAAUUAACCCGCUAGUUCUGGGGGUUGUGCUGCCCGGCGAGCAGAACUAUGGGUACAUAACCGCCAAAGUAAAGAGGCACCGCUGGCACGACAAAAUCCUCAAGACCAAGAACCCAGUUUUUGUGUCGUGUGGUUGGAAACGAUAUCAAACCAUUCCAUACUACUCCAUGGAGCAGCAAGGAUCGAUGGCAGACAUCAACACCGACGAGGUGAUGGAGGCAGGCAGACACCGGAUGCUGAAGUACACGCCUGAAAACAUGUAUUGCUACUGCACCUUCUGGGGCCCGAUUGUUCCAGCAAACACAGGAUUUCUAUUUUUCGAUACGAUUGAUGAUACACAGAGGAGCUUUAGAAUCGGUGCCACAGGUACCGUUGUCAAUACUGGUUUGCGCCAUAUGGUGUAUAAAAAAUUGAAGCUUGUUGGAGCUGUUAACAAAGUCUUCAGGAACACAGCCUUCAUAGAGAAGUUAUUCACCUCAAAACUGGAGGCCAUGGCGUUUAUCGGAGCCGGAAUCCGGACUGUGAGUGGAAUACGGGGUAUUAUCAAAAAGGCAGAGAAGCAGCCCGAGGGCCUUGUGCGGGCAUCCUUCGAAGACAAGGUUGCCCAGUCAGACAUCAUAUUCCUUCGCACCUACGUUCCAAUUACCAUCAUCAAGUUUUGCUAUGAAAUGCUCAACCACUACUAUGUGUACGACGAGUAUACCAGAGAGUACAUCAUCCCUGGAAAGAAGAAGAGUCAUUAUGAGCAGCCUCUCCGAAUAAAGACUUUUGCAGAGUUGAGACACGAACGUAACCUUCCGAUCCCAAUAAAUCCUGAUUCCAUCUAUCUGCAGAAGACGGCUCGAGUAGUAGAUCAGUUUAUAGAGGACGAACACAGGGAGGAGCUCCUCAACAUGGUGCCCACGCGACUGUUGAAGUCGCUUCCGUUUGAAAACCAGCAUGAGAUUGUCAUAGCGAAGAACAAGCCCAAUCUGAUUAAAGAUGAGUUCUUGAAGAGCCUCGCCGAUGGUAGUGGUGUUGAACACGAACGUGAGAAGGUGUUAAACGAUCUUCUUGUGGUUAAAAAGGAGCAGGACAGAAAGCAGGUUGAAAUAAAGAAGAAAGAAGAAGAGGAGAAGAGGAUAGAGGAGGAGAUAAAGGCGAUGCAUAUUCGUGAAAAGACGAAAGACUUACGGAAGCGGAAACGCAUAGUGCGCCAAAAGCAUGAGGAAAAGAGAAUUAGCGCCAAGAAACUUUGA